CGUAGCUAGCCCUUACGUGCUCUUUACUGUAUCGCUGGCAACCACUGAUGAUGUCAAUCCCUCUGGCCUGAGUGAGGGGCCUAGUCCUGUAUCAUCUCUUACAAUUAAACCUCCAUCUUAUAAAAACACUGAUUAAAAAUAUGCUUAAUUGCUUAGGCCAGACAAAACCUGGAACUUAGUGUUACUCGUCCUUUUAGUAGGGCUGUUUUUCUGUCUCCUUCUUUCUCCUGCCUCCUUUGAUCCCCAUGACCCCGCCCAACAUGGAUCUCAGUCAUUUCUGAACAGAAUGUAGAGUCAGUAUCCCAAGGAAGGAGACCAGGGAGGCCAUCUGGCCCACCUAGCCCACCAAAGCUUGGCUUUCUUACUUCCCAUUUGGUUUUAAACCAAUGCCUGGUACAGAAGGCAGUUGCAAGAAUUCGAGUUAAUUUGUAUUAGAAGCCAUGACCAAAUUCUGUUUGUCAAAACCUCCACCUUCUUAACUCACUGGGUGUGUCCAUUUUUAUUGGACCAACAGGCUGCUUUUUGGCUGUCUGUGGUCUAGGAGUCCGUGCAUGACUGGUUCACUUCCAACAUAAUCAUAUUUGAUUUCUCUUUUUCAUUUCAGAAUCCAGAAUACAAAGUUGUCUCCCUCAAUUUGAAAACCCAUUAUGAACUUGUCAUGAUUUUAUCUCUGACUUCCCUGAUUAGCCUCCCUGUCACUUUGAUUUCCUUCCAACCUUGUCACAUUUUUCUAUUGUCUUUUUUUCUUAAUUUACCCUUUCUUGGAUAUCCAAUCCACGUGUAUAACUUUUGGGCUGAAACAAUUAGGUGGGAUCCCGUCCCCACUGAUUGAGUAGUUUUGCUUUGAAUGGGAGCAAGCUUUCUUCUACAGCUCCGCCCCUCUCUUCCCUCCCAGAAAACCUGCCUUAAGUCUUCUCUGCUUAUUCAGGGAUAGAAGUCUCUUGAAAUGGUUGCUCUGAAAAAGGUCCUGAAAAGACAGCUCCAGGCCCUCUCUUUUUAAGAAACCCGAAGGGAGUCUGUUUACAAACCCAGCCUUCUUCAUUCAUUAUACACAUCUUCCUGUGGCUCACUGUCUGCCUGCUCCUGUAUUGGUCCCUGAGAUCUAGAAAUGAAUCAGACACAAUCCCUGCCCUGAACAAGCUCAGGGUAAUAAUGAAUGCCUGCUGUGUGCCAGGAGCUCUACAAGACGCUUUCAGAUGUUACCUCUGAUCUUCACCAAAGAGGCAGCUUUAUCCUUAUUUACAGUGGAGGACACUGAGGCUGGGAGAGGUUGAGUAACGUAGCUAAAGUCACACAUCAUUGCAGUGGGUGGCAGAGCUGGGAUUCAAGCCCCGGGCUGGGUUGCUGUGGAGACGCGCAGCUGGAGGGGACAGGACAGGAGAACACAAAAGUUCUUGGCCUGAGGAAUCAGCCCUUUCCUAAGAUAUCAGGAAGGGUCAGAAACUCCAUUUCCUCCCUGUAGCCUCUCUCCGGCAGAUGCUAAUCCCACAGCCCAUUCUGAAUUAACCCUGGGGAUACAUCAGGCCUCAGAGCUUAUGGAGAGCAUCCUAGGAAACCCAGGCAUGGAUGAGGGUCUGCUGCCACCUCUAAAGGAGACCAGUGCUCCUGGUUCAAGCACCAGGUUAUAACUGGAGAAUAGAGUGGGCUCUUGAAAUCCAUGGAUGGAUCAGGACUCCAAGAGAGAUAAGGAAAAGGGGAAGGAAAAGCUGGAGGAAGACGAGGCUGCAGCAGCCAGCACCAUGGCCGUCUCUGCCUCCCUCAUGCCACCCAUCUGGGACAAGACCAUCCCAUAUGAUGGCGAGUCUUUCCACCUGGAGUACAUGGACCUGGAUGAGUUCCUGCUGGAGAAUGGCAUCCCUGCCAGCCCCACCCACCUGGCCCAGAACCUGCUGCUGCCUGUGGCUGAGCUGGAAGGGAAGGAGUCGGCCAGCUCCUCCACGGCGUCCCCGCCAUCCUCCUCCACCGCUGUCUUUCAGCCCUCGGAAACCGUGUCUAGCACAGAAUCCUCCCUGGAAAAGGAGAGGGAGACACCCAGUCCCAUCGACCCCAACUGCGUGGAGGUGGAUGUGAACUUCAAUCCCGACCCUGCCGACCUGGUCCUCUCCAGUGUGCCGGGCGGGGAGCUGUUCAACCCUCGGAAGCACAAGUUUGCAGAGGAGGACCUGAAGCCCCAGCCCAUGAUCAAAAAGGCCAAGAAGGUCUUUGUCCCCGAUGAACAGAAGCCCUGCCUCCAGACUUCACAAUCUGCUUGGAAAGACAAACGUUACAUGGAUAAAAAUAGGAGAAUGACGGAUUGUGGUCUGGAUUUGGUGAUCAGAGACACUUGGCCAAUGGCCUGGCUCCGCAUGGCCCUCAGAAGCCUGGCGGAUGCAGUCAGGUCUCCCGCUGCACCGCUUCAGAGCCAGCAAUUGGUGAAUAAAUGGAGGCAAGAACGUAUGAAUGAAUCAUUUCUGUGCCUGAGCCAUGGAGAAUUUGGAGGUUUGUUCAAACCUGGACUCUCUGUUCUUUCAGCUGGAGGGGCUGGCCGGAAAGGUGAUCUCGGCACCUGAGCUGGGCCUCCCCCAGGCCUGUCGGCUCCCUGGCACGUGCACAGGGAGUGGGUAUGGGUGAGUGGGUAUGGGGGAGUGGGAGUGGCUAUGGGCCCCUACUCUGGUAGAACCUGUGCGAGGUGUUUUAUUUAUAUUAACAUAAAUAGGAAUGAGUAUGUGAGGGGACCUGGGGCCCACAGGCAAUGGGCAACCUGUGCCCAGGGACACUGAGACAGGCUGGGCUUCUCCCUGCCAGGGCAGAGGAAAGGGAGACCUCUGUCAGGGCCUGGGCAUCCUGGACUGGGGCCUCUCUCUCCUCGACAGGCUCUGUUGGAGGAAGCGGCCCAUGGAGGGGCCAGACAUCAAGGGCUCCUGGGACCUUGUGCAGAUGUGGGAUGUCUGGCCUGAGAGCUUCUAGGCUCAGUUCACACACUUGGGUGGGGAGGGAUCGGUGUUGGCCUGUUUGGGGGGUGAGGGGCCUGAGGAAACGCCGGUCCUUUUGAUGCCCCAGAAGAGCUGCUUGCCCCCUGCCCCAGCCUGGAUGGAGGUGGCAUCCCCCAGGCCUGUCACCUCUCCCACACCCAGUGGCAGCCCUCCCCCCCCGCCCCCGCAGUGGCACUCUUCCAUAGCAGUUACCGUAGUUUUAUACAUGAAAAGGUCACACAUGGGGCAAAAUCUCAGCUUCCCCACUUACUAGUUUUAUGAAUUUUGCAGGUAAUCUAACCUGGAGCCCAUUUCUCAGUUGUACCAUGGAGAUAAUACCUGUUAUCACCAGGUUGUUGUGAGGGUAAAAUAAGAUUCAACAAAUACCUAGCUGACAUCUUCAACCCAUGGGCCUUGCGAGGCUGAUGUGCAUCACUGCUGGGGAGGGGGCACCAGGUACCAAGGAAGAGGGAGGAGACGCUGAUUUCCUCCCUAGCCCUGGGCUCAGGCAGGCCACGUCACCCGUGAAACAGCUCUGGAAUUGCCCAGCCAAGAGAAGGGUCGAGAAUCUAAGCACCAGGUUUUUGGACGGAACCUGACCUAGGUAGGCUCUUCUCAUCUUCGCCCACUCCUAAGGGUCUAGUGGUCUCUGAUGGCCAAAUACUAGACGGAGAGCAGGCUGGAGGCUGAUCCCUCCCUUGGCUGCGGCUGCGAUUCCGUGAAGAGGUGUGUCCUGUUCUCACCACCUGUCAGCAGAGGGAGCGGGGGCAGUUCCCAACCUCAUGGAACCUGCUUCCAGUGUGGAAAAGGCCCUGUGGGAGUGGGCACCCUGAAGUGUCCUGUGUCGAGGGGAGAGGUGGUAAAAGGGGGCCUGUGACAUUCUGCCUACCCAGGGGUCAGGUGAGGAUGACCAAUCCUUUCGUGAAGUUAACAGGGGCUGGGUCACGCCAACUCUCCCUAUCCCAAAAGGGGCCCCAGAAACAAAACAAGCAGGGAGCAAGCAGAAGGUUAUUAUAUAUCAUGCUUUUAAUACAAACUUAAAAAAAUCUGGAACAAUAUAAACUGUACAGAUUUGAUCAAUCUUUUUGUUUUGUUUUUAAACUAAAUCUCUAAACACACCAAUGUUCCAUUCCAAAAUAUUGCACAACAUUCUGAAUACAAAAUGCUUGAUUGUAUUCCUCCUUCACUAAAGAAAACAAAUUCAUUACCCUGCUCCCCCGAGCUCCUCUCCAUGUUGCCUCAGUGCCCCCCUUCCCAUCCCCAGGGGUCAAACUAGAGAAUCUACAGCUCACUGCAUUGAGAAAAAGACAUCAUUCUGGACUAAAAGUUUACUUUCUUUACAAGACGAUCCACCUUUUGACUUGUUCCUGGGAAAGAGGGGUAGAGAGAGAGAGGAUGGGGAAAGGGGAGAAAUAGGUUUUAUUC